GCCUGGACCCUUUGCUUGGGGGAGCUUCACUGUCUUGGACUUCUAUCCUCUGACCACCCAUGGGUGCACCAGCCUGGCAUUAGUAGCUCGUGGCUGGGGUUUUUAAAAAUCAAAUCUAAGUCUUUAUCUGUUAACUAGAGCCUAUUAUAUUUACCAUCGUGAAACUAUGCAUGUGUGUAGUAGACACACAAUUGUUUAAUAUUUUAUUUGUCCUGUUGUCGUUUUUCUUUCUUGCUUUCCUUGCCUCGGGUAUAAUGAAAUUGGGUUUUUGUUUUUAACUUAAAUAUUUAUGUUCUCUCUUGAGUGGGCAAGUACACACUGUUUUCUUCUCAUGGUCGGUGUCGUACACAUCUCAUCUGGAGCCUCGGGCAGGGCGGGUCCAGGGACCCAUAAUGGAGUCCAGACCGGUGCCCAGCACAGGCGCCCCGUGUUCUCAGUGUCCUCCGGGUGGCUGUGUGUCCAGCCCUGCAGGGCUGCUCCCAUGAGGGGUUUAGAUCUGCGGUCACCCUCUCCUGCUUCCCGGAACCUCAGGCCCGUGGCCUCAGCUUCAGGCUCCCGCGGUGGAAGCCCCUGUGGUGGCAGAGCCUGGCAGUCUCUGGGUGCUCCUUUCCUCCGUCCCGUCCUGGAAGACGGUCCUGCUGCCUGGGACUUCCCGCUUGAUGGCUCCAUCCUGCCCCUUCCUUUGCCUUCUGCUGGGAGGUCAGCUCUCCGCCUCUCCUGUUUAUCCCCCGUCCCUCCCCUCCUGCUCGCCUCCCCUGGCGCUCUCUUUCACUCAGAUGCCCCUUCUCCGACUCUGAGGCCUUCCUCCCUGUUCUCUCCUGUCUCCAGCUGCACUCUGACCAGCGCCCGGUGUCACCUUGCGGCCUCUGUCCACUGAAAUGGACCACACAUUCUCACUGCGCAGCCUCUGCCCCGUGCCCUCCUCCAUAAGGGGUGAUACCUUCUGAAGAGUCUUGCUUGGGGUGGGGCUGGGGGUACUGUGAAUGUGCCAGCUGCCAGCCCCUGAUGAACAGAUUUUGUUCCCAAAGCAAAGCUUUGUCGUUGCUCCUAGCCCUUGACCGGAUUUGAACAACACCUCUCUCCCUUCCUCCCUCCACUCCAGCUGAGUCAAGGGUGCUGUGGGAGGGGCAGGGCAUCUUGGCUGGAGGGCAGGGCAGCGCCUGGGAGGCGGGGUGGUUUUGUGAUGGUCAGAGGGCGGUGGCAGCUUGUUUGACACGUUCAGAAACCUGCCCCUGUGAGUUCUAGGGCCUGUGACGGUGGACUGAGCGGCCCCAUUUCGCCAUCAUGGGAUGUGGGACAGUGUGCCUGCUAUGCCUCCUCAGUCUGCCAUGCUGGUUCCUCCUUAGUUGGGUGGCCAGUGACAACAGGCAGUGUCCCCAUACAGCUUGCAUCUGCUCUCCUGACAUGCCUUGGACGUGGGACACCACCCUGGCCCAGGCUUUUCCCCGCCGCACCUCCCCCUGGGCUCUGAGCUAAAGCCAGAGGCCUGGAACCCUCUGGGCCUUGGCCAUGUGGGCUGCUGGCUUCCCCGCUGUGUCCUGCUGGACGAGAGGGAGAGCCUGUCACUGGUGCCGGGCCCCUGAGCCCAGAGUAGCAGAAUCAGAGAUCUGCUGGCAGGUUCCUGGGUGUGGGUGGCACAGGGCCGCUGUCCUGGAGGUGGGUGAGCAGGUUCUCAGUGCUGGCAUAUCCCCACCCACACACAUGCCCUCUGACCCCCUGACCAGACUGCACCGUUUCCAUUGGAAGAAUGUUAACGUUUCUACUAAGCUGAUCUGUGUAACUUCCCACCCAAAUCACAGUUUGUAUAUGUGACGUCGUCGAGUAAUUAGUGUUUGGUUUUAGAAUGUGUCUGUGUAAAUAACAAAACGGCCAUUUCAGCUAUGUGGGUGAGCAGGACCCACCUGAGCUGCUUCUUGAAGCUUAGCGGGACCCUCUCCCCCAUGCUGGUUCUGGUCCCCUGGAGCUGUGUGACCGUCACCAGGGCUUCUCAAAGGUCUUCACCCCUUAGCAGGACCCCUCCCUCCUCUCUCCCUCGCUCUCUCUCUCUCUCUCUCUCUCACACACACACACACACACACACACACACACUGGUCUAGGUGCCUGUGCAUUCCAGGUGUCCGUGGGUGGAUCAGGGCUACUCUUCUCUGCCUGUGUCCACUCUGGGUGCCCCCUGCCCGCUGACUGCACAUCUGACUGCUGUCCCCUCUGGCUUGGGCCGCAUGGGCAGUGCCAGGCUGCAGCUGAGCCCUCACUCGUUUGCUGGGGGUAGCCCAGGAGAUGGCACCUCUGCGCCAUGCAGUUCCCUGGGCCCUGUGGUGCCCUGUGGAAUCUGCCUUGGGAGAUGACGCCCCAAGACCAGCCGGCCUGCGGGGCCCCUGGGACAGGGCUCUGCUGCUUCUCCUGGCAACACCGGGAAACGGGCACAGGCGGCCUGGCCUGGCCCUGCCCGCUCCGUGUUGCAGGGCCCAGGAGGCAUGGGUAGAGUCCCCCUGGGGCUUCUCGCCCACUAGGGCAGAGGUCACACAGACUCAGCAGCAUGGGGGGCACCAUGGGACACCCCACGUUGGGACUCUCCAAACCAGCUCUUGGAGCCCAUAGGCUGUUAACCAGCUCCCUGUGGGGGGCAGGGAUGUUCUUCUGGGCACAAUGGGAAGCGGCUGGGACUGCAGCCCUUCGGAAGGGCGUUGGCCGGGAGAUCUGAGAGGUUCUUAGCUAUGUGGGCGGGCACACACGCCUGCACUGGGGGUGGCCUGUGAGGCACCCUCUGGCACCAGACUGGUACCUCCUCACCCAGCAACCGCAGCUGGACCCCCAGGCAUCAGGUUGGCCUUUCUGGGGACAGCACUCAGAAGUCAUGGUGGCCAUGGUCAUUUCACCCCUGGACCACCAAGUUCAUGCCAGGGCUCUGCUGGCCAGCUGCCGCCCUCCUCGGCUGCCUGGAAGGCCAGGCCGGGUCGCCUCUGCUUAGGGCAGCCAGUGGCAGUGCAGGGCAGACACGGGCAGUCUAGGCCCCCUCCUACAGACCACACAGCAAGGAGGGGGGAGGUUCCACACCUGGAGAAGGCUCCCCCUCUGCUGAGCCCUCCUGUUCCCGAGAUGAGGCCGUGGGCAGGCAGCCUCACACAGCGCCCUCCCCGGCAGGUGUACCUGGGUGAGCUUCCGAAGGACUUUCUGCGUGUCACGCCCACGCAGCAGCAGCAGCAGAUCCAGCUGGACGCCCAGGCCGCGCAGCAGCUGCAGUAUGGCGGGGCCCUGGGCACUGUGGGCCGCCUCAGCAUCACCGUCGUGCAGGCCAAGCUGGCUAAGAACUACGGGGUGACCCGCAUGGACCCCUACUGCCGCAUACGCCUGGGCUAUGCUGUGUACGAGACCCCGACAGCACACAACGGCGCCAAGAACCCACGCUGGAACAAGGUCAUCCAGUGCACGGUGCCCCCGGGCGUGGACUCCUUCUACCUUGAGAUCUUCGAUGAGAGAGCCUUCUCCAUGGAUGACCGCAUCGCCUGGACGCACGUCACCAUCCCCGAGUCCCUCCGGCAGGGCCGCGUGGAGGACGAGUGGUACAGCCUCAGCGGGCGGCAGGGGGAUGACAAGGAGGGCAUGAUCAACCUGGUCCUGUCCUACACGGCACUGCCUGCUGCCAUGAUGGCACCGCCACAGCCCGUGGUCCUGCUGCCCACCGUGUACCAGCAGGGCGUCGGCUACGUGCCCAUCACAGGGAUGCCUGCUGUCUGCAGCCCUGGCAUGGUGCCUGUCGCCAUGGCCCCGCCGGCCACCCCUGCCCAGCCCCGCUACACUGAGGAAGACCUGCAGGCCAUCCAGGACAUGUUCCCCAACAUGGACACGGAGGUGAUCCGCUCCGUGCUGGAGGCCCAGCGAGGCAGCAAGGAUGCCGCCAUCAACUCCCUGCUGCAGAUGGGCGAGGAGUCCUAGGGCCGGCCACCCACCUCCCCCCCACACACACACACAGGCGGGCCCCAGAGACUGCCCAUAGACCCGUUGUGACAGACUACCCCUCCUUUCUGGCAGCAUGCCACCCGCCGAGUGCCCCAGGUCGCCGGGUGCAUGUGGGCUGUCAAUGCUUGGUGGCUGGGCCUAGAAGGGCGUGGGAGGGGUGCUUUUCUUCCUUGUCCCGUGCUGGGCCUGGGGUGGGGCAGUUUCUGGCACUCGCUCGUGCUGUGCCCUGGCCAGGUUUUUGGUCCUUGCAGCCCACUGGCCUGUGGGGACAUGUGCAUAGCCUUCUGAUAUGGGGACCAGCAUUGGGGUGUCUGUCUUGGUUGGGACAGACCUAUUCCCAACCUGUAACCUGGCCCUCACCCCCUUUCCUGUCUUUGGGAGACCUGGCCUCCACUCUGCCCUGUUGUCCUUUAGAACCAGGUGGUAAGCCCUGCCUGGCAUCCCUUCCCUGUCUGGUCUGGCCCAGCAAUGCAUGGAGGAGGGGUGGGGGCAGUAGGGGGGCUCUCUUGAGGUGGGUCCUGCAGUGAGUGCCUGAAGGAGAGGGAGGGACAGUAGCCAGUCAGCAUGUGUCCAUUAAAGGGCCUCAGCCAUGCCAGCCCACCAAUGACGUCUGUGUGGCUUCUGUGCGCCAGGCCCUACACUCAGGGUGGCAAGAGUAGCAAUGCAGGGAUCUGGCCCUCUACGCCCCUCCCCUCCCACUCCUACCCUGCCCCGCUCAUGCAGGUCAGGGCGUGAGCCCCUGCUGUUGAAAAUACUUAUUUUCAUAAGGCUGGAGGGUCGUGAGGUGGGGCCGCUCGGCCAAGGGGGACAAGAGUAACACAGAGGAGCUGACAUAAUGGGCAGCUCCAGUAGCCAUGGUGCCAGGAAGGGGGACUUUGGAGACUGGCCACUGCCAUGUGGGUUAUCACUUGGGCCGGCUGGCCUCAUGUGGGCUUGGGCUCAGUCCUCAGACCCUCUGCUGCCUCCUUCACGAAGGCUUUAUUCCUUAGUCGGGAAAGGCCCUGCUUUGUGAGGUGAGCUGAGCUGCACCCCUUGUGUGCACGCUCGCCUCCAGGGUCCCUCCCCAUGGAUGCCCAGCGCUCCUGCCCACGCCCUCUGUCCUGCUGCUUCCUCACCUUGCUUUGACCGCGGGGCCACCUUGAUCUGCUGCUGCCCCCGCCUCGCCUUGAAGUGCAGACACAUCAGGAGGCCGAGUCCCUGGCACCUCCCCAGAGACCUCUGCGCCUGGUGAGGGGCGGAUGGGAUGGCAGCAUUGGCGCAGCCCCCUGUGUGGCUGACUAUCCUGGCUCAUGGCCAGACUUCUCUAGCAUUGUAAAAUAUAUUCUAAUUUAACAAAGACCCACAUACAGAGAAUUAAAGUCCAUGGUGGUUCA